CCGGAAAUCAAGCCCUUCCCUGGCUCUACAGCCCUCGUCUUGUCCGCAGUCGGCCGGAAUCUUCUCAGGCGCGGGGACGUGAGGCCGGAGAAUCCCUUGUCUCGAAACUGGAAACUGAGCUCUGAUUUCUGAGGACUCUGCCCUCCCUGUUUGCUGGGGGCAUCUAAUAGAGGAGAAUGGUCCCCGUCUUCCUGCCCACCAGCAGUCACCAGGAGUCAGUGACAUUCGAGGACGUGGCUGUGGACUUCACCCUGGAGGAGUGGAGGCGCCUGUGUACCUCUCAGAAGGAGCUGUACAGGGAUGUGAUGCUGGACAACUACCACAACCUGGUCUGGCUGGGACUAGCUGUUUCCAAACCAGAUGUGAUCGACCAGUUGGAGCGAGGGGAAGUGGUCUGGAUGUCAGAGGGAGAUGGCCCAAGAAGCACCUGUCCAGAUUGGGACACUAGGCCUGAAACCGCGGAGUCAUCUCCAAAGAUGGACCUUUCUGUGGAAGCAUCAUUCCAAGAUGGAAUUAAAGUGGGUUGUUUCCAAUUCUCUGAGUUUGAUGAAGCCUGGGAGUACAGUGACUUGUUACAGAAACAGCAGAACAAUGAGAAGAAACUUUCAAGAUAUAUACAAAUGACUGAAAUAAAGACUCCUGCUCAAGUAGGAGGACUUGAAUGUAAAAAAUAUAAUGGAGGCUUCUGUCAAAGGUCAAUACUUUUUCCACAACAUAACGUAUUAGUUGGAAAGAAUCUCCUUUAUCAAUCUGAUAAAAACCAAAAGAGCCUCAGACUGUAUUCAGACCUAAAUAAACAAAGUACAAUUUCCUCAAAGAAGAUGUUUUCUAAGCAGAAUGAAUGUGGGAAAAUUUUCAGUUAUAGUUCAAAACUUGUUGAAAAUCACAAUAUAUAUACUGGAGAGAAAGCACAUUUAGGUAAUGAAUGCAGUCAGGCCUUCUCCAGUAGCAUAAACAUUACUCAAAUCCAGAGAAUUCACACUGGUGAGAAACGUUACAAAUGUUAUGAAUGUGGAAAAACUUUUAGUCAGAAGACAGGACUUAUUCAACAUCAGAGAAUUCAUACUGGAGAGAAACCUUACAUAUGUAAUCAAUGUGGGAAAGCCUUGCGCCAGAAAGUACAUCUCAUUAUACAUCAGAGAAUUCAUACUGGAGAAAAACCUUAUAAAUGUAAUGAAUGUGGAAAGGCUUUCAGCUGGAAGACAGGACUUACUGAGCAUCAGAAAAGUCAUACAGGAGGGAAACUAUAUGAAUGUAGUGAAUGUGGAAAGGCUUUCAGCCGGAAAAUAGGGCUUGCCUACCAUCUGAGAAUCCAUACUGGGGAGAAACCUUAUGCAUGUAAUCAAUGUGGGAAGGCUUUCAGACAGAAGAGAACACUUAUUGAACAUCAAAAUAUUCACACUGGCCAGAAACCUUAUAAGUGUAAUAAAUGUGGAAAGGACUUUAGUCAGAAGGCAGGACUUGCCAACCACCUGAGAAUUCAUACUGGAGGGAAACCUUAUGCAUGCCAUGUUUGUGGGAAGGCCUUUAGGCAGAAGAGAUCAUUUCUUGAACAUCAGAAUAUUCAUACUGGACAGAAACCUUAUGAAUGUAAUAGUUGUGGAAAGGCCUUUAGGCGGAGAAGAACACUUAGUGAACAUCAGAUUAUUCAUACUGGAGGGAAACUUUAUAAAUGUAAUGAAUGUGGAAAGGACUUUAGUCACAAGGCAGCACUUGCCAACCAUCUGAGAAUUCAUACUGGAGGGAAACUUUUUGAAUGCAAUGAAUGUGGAAAGACCUUUCAGGGGAGUUUGAAACUUUCCCAACAUCAGAAAAUUCAUACUGGAGAGAAACCUUUUGAAUGUAAUGAAUGUGGCAGGGUUUUCAGCCAGAAAACAGGACUUAAUGAACAUCAGAGAUGUCAUACUGAAGAGAAACCUUAUGAAUGCAGUGAAUGUGGGAAAUGCUUCAGACAGAAUUCCAGACUUACUGAACAUCUGAAAAUUCAUACUGAAGAGAAACCUUAUGAAUGUAAUGAAUGUGGGAAAGCCUUCCGAAAGAGAACACACCUUGUUGAACAUCAGAGAAUUCAUAGUGGAGAGAAACCUUAUAAAUGUAAUGAAUGUGGAAAGGACUUCAGUCAAAAGUCUGGACUUGCCUAUCAUCUGAGAACUCAUACAGGAGAGAAACCUUAUAGAUGUAAUGAAUGUGGAAAGAACUUCUUUCAAAAGUCUGGACUUGCCUACCAUCUGAGAAUUCAUACUGGUGAGAAGCUUCAUAAAUGCAGUGAAUGUGGAAAGGCCUUCCAGGCAAAGUCAAGACUUAUGCAACAUCAGAGAAUUCAUACUGGAGAGAAACCUUUUGAAUGUAAUGAAUGUGGCAGGGCCUUCACCCUGAAGGCAGGACUUACUGAACAUCAGAAAUGUCAUUCUGAAGAGAAACCUUAUGAAUGUGGGAAAUGUGGGAAAUCCUUCAGACAGAAGUCCAGACUCACUGAACAUCAGAAAAUUCAUACUGAAGAGAGACCUUAUGAAUGUAAUGAGUGUGGGAAAGCCUACAGACAGAAGACAGGACUUAUUGGACAUCAAAAAAAUCAUACUGGAGAAAAACCAUAUGAAUGUAACGAAUGUGGGAAAACCUUUUACCAGAAAACACACCUUGUUGAACAUGAGAGAAUUCAUACUGGAGAGAAACCUUAUAAAUGUAAUGAAUGUGGGAAAGCCUUCAGUCGUAAGAGAACACUUACUGAACACCAUAACAUUCAUACUGGAGAGAAACCUUAUAAAUGUAAUGAAUGUGGAAGGGGUUUUAAUCAGAAGGCCGGACUUACUUACCAUAUGAGAAUUCAUACUGGAGAGAAACCUUAUGAAUGUAAUGAAUGUGGGAAGAACUUCAGCUGGAAGACAAGACUUACUCAACAUCAGAAAAUUCAUACUGGAGAGAGAGUUUAGAAAUGUAGGAAGGCAUUCACUUAGAGGGCAAAGACUCCUUGGACAUCAGAAAAUUAAUACUAGAGAGAAAAUUUAAUAAUUUAAUGAAUGCCAUUUGUAGUGAAUGUAUUAAAUAUAUCAAACCUUGGAGAAAGAAAAAAGGAUAGAACUUUUAUGAAUGUAAUGAAUUUUAGAAAGCCAUCCAGGGGAGCUUAGCACUUACUCAUCAUCACAAUCCAUAUUAGAGAGAAGCCUUAUGAAUGUGGGAAUACCUUUAGCUGGAGAACAAUAUUUCUUGAACAUUAUAAAAUACUGGAGAAAAUUUUUGGUAAUAAAGUGAAGUAGCUAGGUAGUAGAAUGGGAAAGAACACUGGGCCUGGAAUCAGAAAGACCUGUAUUCAAAUCAUGCUCUAGAAGACCUGAGUUCAAAUCCUGCUUCAGUCACUAGCUAUGUACGCUUGGGCAAGUUUCUUAACUUCUCGGCUUUAGUUUCCCUGGAGAAACUCUAAAAAAGCUAUAGUAUAUCUAUGUAUUAUAUAUCUAUAUGCAUAUAUAGUAUAGCUACAUAUUAAAAACUAAACAAAUUCUCCAUCAAAUGGGGUUAAUAGUAGCACCUAUUGCACAGUGUUGUUUGAAGAUUCACUAAGAUUAUAUAUGUCUUCAGAGCUUUUUUCAACCUUAAUGCUGAAGUUUCAACCUUAAAUACUAGCUUAAAAAUAGUAAUAAAGGGAAGGCCUUUGGGAAGAAAAUAUACCUUAUGGAACAUCAGAGAAGUCACACUAGAGAAAAAACUUUAUGAAAGUAAUGAAUUUGGGAAGACCCACCAGUGGAACAUGAAAUUUAAUGAACAUAAAAAAAUUGACAGCUGAGAUAUAAUGAUAUAAUACCUGCUAGAACACCUGAGAUAUAAAAUAGAAUCUUUUGACUAUAAUGGAUUGGCAUAGAUCUUCCGAUAGAAUGUCAGUUCUAGUACUGAAUAUCAGAAAGUUCAUACUUGACAAAAAUUAUACAAAUAUAAUAAAUAUUGUGAAGCCUUUCAUCAUGGAGAAUAUAAAAAGUUAUUUGAGGUUAUCUUGAACAGAGAGCUUAUGAGGGAAGGCCAUGCUAUAUAGGAAAUUUGCUUAUUCAGUAUCAGUAAAUUCAAAUGAGAAUAUUUUUUCAUGAGUGUAAUGAAUUUGAGAUGAUAUUCCUCGAGAGCAGACAUAGGAUUCACAGUGGAGGAAAACACUGGAUAUAAUGAUUAAGAAACAUCAGAUU